GGUGAGGCUGAUCUGACAGGUUUCAGAAGCCAGGGGCAAUAGGGCGGAGCGUAGCUCUGACUUAGGGUGGCAACGGGUUGGGGGCCUUGCCACACACAGAGCGAGCAGGCAGAAGACAGGUUUGCUGGUAUUUUCUUCCUGCUGCAGCCAGCCCGGGUAUAGGCAUGGAGACUGCUGGAGGGUGACGGCAGCUAGUUAGGUGGGCAUGUUUGGAGGCCUAGGGCCUGGGGGUCUGGGAGCCCAGGGCAUGGCGGGACCCCUGCGAGGGAGGGUGGAGGAGCUGAAGCGGCCGUGGUGGCGGGAGAGCGCCCCACUGGUGCUACAGCACAGCGAGGCCGCCCGGCUGGCGACCGACGCCCUCCUCGAACGGGGUGAGGCUGCCUACCUGCGGGUCAUUUCAGAGGAGCGGGAACUGCCCUUCCUGAGCAGCCUGGAUGUGGACUACAUGACCAGCCAUGUGCAUGGGACUCCUGAGCUCGGAGAAGCCCAGGGACUGGAGGCCUCAGGGCCAGACCGCCUCAGCCUACUCUCCGAAGUCACCUCAGGCACCUACUUUCCCAUGGCCUCCGACAUAGACCCCCCAGACCUGGACUUGGGCUGGCCUGAGGUGCCACAGGCCACAGGCUUCAGCCCUACCCAAGCUGUGGUCCACUUCCAGCGGGACAAGAGCAAGAACAUCAAAGACCUUCUGCGUUUCCUCUUUAGCCAGGCACGCAUGGUGGUGGCUGUGGUGAUGGACGUCUUCACCGACAUGGAGCUUCUCUGUGACCUCAUAGAGGCCUCCAGCCGGCGUGGUGUCCCUGUCUACCUGCUUCUGGCUCAGGAGCACCUGCGGCACUUCCUGGAAAUGUGCUACAAGAUGGACCUCAAUGCGGGACACCUGCCGAACAUGCGUGUGCGGAGCACAUGUGGGGACACAUACUGCAGCAAGGCAGGGCGCCGCUUCACCGGGCAGGCUCUGGAGAAGUUCAUCAUCAUCGACUGUGAGCAGGUGGUGGCCGGCAGCUACAGCUUCACCUGGCUUUGCAGCCAGGCCCACACUAGCAUGGUCCUGCAGCUGAGGGGCCGCAUCGUGGAAGACUUUGACCGGGAGUUCCGCUGUCUGUAUGCUGAAUCACGGCCUGUGGAGGGCUUCUGUGUCGGUGAGGAUGCCAGGGCACAGUGCCCUCCUCCGGUGGCCCUGGCCUUCAGGCAUGGCAUCCCGAGCCCCAUAUCCUCAUCGCCCUCCAGCACCAGCCUCAACAGCAUCAAGUGCUCCCCUCUCAUGGGCCGCUCCUCCUACCUCGCUCUACCAGGGGAUGGUGGCUGCAGUGACACGGGUAUGGGGUCCUCUUCCCCAGGCCCUGCCCGUUGUGAGGCCAGUGGCCAGUCCUCCCUGCAACGCCAGCUGUCAGAUCUUAACCAUGGCUCCCUACCAGGGCCCUACAGGGCCAACCUGGGCAAGCUGGGGGCAUCUCCAUGGUCCCAGUCCUCCCCUGCCCUCAACCACAAUGGCACCAGUCUCUUGACCCGGGCAGUGGGGUCACCUCUGCUUGCUCGCCCACGCCCCCUCCUCCCCUUGCCCCGGGGUGGCCCAGCCCUGUCCCGGCUCCCAGAGAAUGGGCUCCUGGGAAGCCAGGAGCCUAGCCCCCCACGAGGUCGCUGGGUACCUGGCAACCUGGAGGAGAAGAAGGUGUCUCUGAGUCAGAGCCAUGGCCAGCUGGAUCUCCUCGUCCCCUUCUCCAGAGCCCAAGAAGCAGGAGGCCCUAAUGCUGGGGUUACUGCCAAUUCAGACUCCCUUUGGCCUGGUGAGAAGGCCCCAGAGGACAGGAGGUUGUCCCCAAAACAGAGAUACAACCAGCGGGAUCUCCUGCCUCGGGCCCAGGAUGCUGGGGGUGCCCCUGAGUCAGGUUCCCCCAGACCUGGCAAUCGGACACCAGAGGAGAAGAGGCUGUCUCCAAACCACAACUAUGGCCAAUUGGACCUCCUGGUACAGUACCCCAAGGCCAGGGGCUCCAGAGUGCCCCCUGAACCCAACUCCUCAGCCAGGGCUGGCAAGCAGGGUCCAGAUGAGCGACGGCAGACCUUAGGCCACAGCCAGCUGGAUCUCAUCACAAAGUUUGGCCCAUUCCGGGCUGAGGGGCCUGGGCCCAAUGGUCUCCCUGGACCGAAUCCUGCUCGCAAACCUGGAGUAGGCUCUGGAGAUGAGAAGCGGCUGACUUUGGGCCAUAGCAAACUGGACCUCAUCACCAAGUACCAUCAGUUGCAGGGUGCCAGGCAGGGACCUGAACCUGGCCUCGCCGGCGGCCCUGCAGGUGGUCAUUGCAAUGGUAGUAGCAGUGGCCCAUUUAGGGAUGAGAAACGGCUGACCCUGGGCCACAGCAAACUGGACCUCAUCACUAAGUACAACAAGUCUAAGUUCAAGCUGCUCAGAAGCCGCUUUGAGUCCUAGUCUUGCUACCAGCAGGGACACGUCCCUCCUCCAUCCACUGAGACUAGAUUUUCUCUGGGUGGGAGCUCAGGCAGGGGCUGCAUGAGGAGGAGAGGGUGUCUAGAAGUCCAGGUCAGACACUCCCUGGGCUCAAGAUUCUGGCUUAGACACACACACACACACACACACACGCACACACACACGGAACCCACUGUGCUGGGCACUUCACACCAGUUACUUCGCAUCCUUCAUCUUCAUAAAAUCCUAUAAGAUAGACCUCUAGUAGGUAUACAUUUCUAGGAUUAGAGCAAUGUAGGAUUAUCCUCCCUAUUUUAUAAAUGUGGAAGCUGAGGCCCAGAGAGUUUAACUUGCUUGGAAUCAGGUCUAAGUAAGUGGCAGAGUAGGAGCCCAAACCUGUGUCUCUGACUCUUAAGAUUGUGGUUUUUUUGCACAGACAUAACAUACAAUAUCAACAGUUCAUGUGUUCCCAUGCACACAAAAUACAUACAUCACAGAGAUGCCCCAAAUGCCUGCACAAUAUACAUAGCACACUGACAGGGUUCACACCCACAAGCUGCACACACAUAGACACAAUAAAUGUCAUUUGGCUAAAUGAAGGGCUGCACAAGAUACAUAUAUUCAGUCACAUUGUAGACCCCUUAGGAUCCAGAGACGAUAAAUAAACACACACACACACACACACACACACAAUGUACCAACCAGUAUUUUCUUGUUCCUAAGCUGUGCACCCAGCCCUGCUGGGCAAGCCAUAGAGUUGACAAAUGGAUCAGACACAGUCCCUGAAUUAAAUGCAUAAACCACUGGCCAGCAAGACAAGGCUGUGUCUAAUUAAAGGCUAACCAAUGACCGAGGGUGGUAAAGAAUGAAGGGUAGAGAGCUGUGGUGACGGUGGAGUGGUGAGGAAAGUUUCUUAGAGGACGCCGCCUUUGAGCCAGGCCUUCAGGGGUGGGGAGGAUUUAGACAGGUGGAGGAGAGCGUUAGAGGAAUUCCUGGGAGAGGGAAGCAGGUGAAGAAA